UCCUGCAUCACUUUUUAUGCACUCACAGGGAUAGUGAAGAGAGGCAGUGUGUGUGAGAGUCAGAGUUUUUUUCUCAGUUCUUGAACUGAAAGGGAAGUACACACAGUGCAUAGACUCAUAUGUCUGCCUUUGAAUGAUUGUGGCUUUGUACAUUUGCAUUUGAGUGCUUUGAUCUGCGUAACAUUAGAAAGAGCUCAAGGGAAUACGUUUGCAUUUUUGUUUCUACUUGUUACGGUCGCCUUUGGAUGCUCUCUGGAUAGUUCAAGACAUCAUGCCGGGAUUCUCCGUGAAGCUGCUUUGAAACGACGUGGAUUGCGAAAUGUGCCAUGCAGAUAAGAAUAACUCGAUCUAGUGACGCAUAUAAAAACAAAACACAUCUCUUGUUUCACUUCAGUGUUCGGCCGUGUUGACGCUGAUGUGGUUUAGUCUGCUGCAGGGUUUUACCUCCAUCACACCUUUCAGACGUCCCUGAAAACUUUAUUUACCUGGUUCAGGUUUGAUCAGGGUUAAAGCUUUGUCUUUCCAGGAUGGAGUUUGACAUUUCUGUUAAAGAGAAAUAAAAUACUUGUGUCUAUAGGAGCAGCACACUAGCACAGACCUCUUUAACAUUUUAAAGGUUUGACACUUAAAAUUCCUUGAGGAAGUGAUAUCAAUGCUAGAUGACUGUACGCUUGGAUAAUAUUAGGGUUUAGGUCAAUGAUUUAUCGUUAUCUCUAUAUUGUCUUCUGAUAAUCUCCACUGAUUCUGCUAUUUUGAGUCGUCUCAUUUUUCAUUGAAGUGAGUCAUGGGAAAUUCAGACAGAUAUGUUUAUUGUUUUUAGCACGGAGGAGUAUGCUAAUGUGACAUGAUUUUGAGUGUGUUCUUUCAUUUUAAUGUGUUUGUUUCUAACAGAUUUGUUUGCAUCUCAGUGCUGCUGGCAGUCAAACCCGGUGAAGGAACCGAGGCGAGAAACUUCACGGCUGUUUUAGGUCAAAGCGUCACAUUACGAUGUCCUGGAACGAACAGUCCUGUCCGCUUGUACAUACAGAAAAAUAAUGGAGGUGGUGCAGAGUUCAUCAAUGGUUUUGACACGGUGCAAGAGCUGGCCAUUCCUCCUCAGUACAAGUACAGAACCACAAUAAAUCGAACAGAACUCAGCAUGGAAAUGAGAAACAUCUCGGUUUCCGACGAAGGAUUGUAUGAGUGUGUCGUUUUCAAAACCCGAGAAACAAAAAAACAGUUUACGAUCUAUCUCACAGUUACAGCCAAAUACAACAUUCCCAACGUGACGGCGACAUGCAACGAACCUGCAAGCGGUGCGAGGAGCUGUCGGCUGAGCUGUUGGGCAGCUGGCGGAUACCCCUGGGGUGCCGUGAGAUGGGCGGAGCUUAAUCUAAGCCUGAUGAAUGACCUUCAGAACAAUAGUAUUCAAGAACAAAACUUUAAAACAUGGACCAUUUCUGAAAGCCUCUCGUACCACUGCAACCAACCCACCAAUGUCAGCUGUUCAAUAGGAGGCGCUACGUCAAACAUGACUACAGUUUGUCAGGGUAAGGCAGAUGAUGAGAAAUUCUCUCUCGAUGCAGCUGUGAUUUCAGCAAUCGCUGUCCUGCUGCUGAUAGUAUUUAUUGUUCCAUCUGUUUACAUAAUACGGAAGUGCUGUGGCCGAAGACGCCCCGUCCCAGGUGAUGCCGAUGUUGAAGUUCCAUUAGCGUAGCGACUGCCAUUCGCAGCCUCAGGACAGCUGAGACGUGAGCAGCAGAUGCCGAGAAGCGUCUGAAGAUUGUCUGCAUCCGCAGACGCACCUGCAGCAGCAUCAGCCGGACCUCAGAGGGUCGUCGUGAAGACGGCUCGUCCGACUGAAUGUUAUGUAAAAUUGGCUUUACCGGCUGUUGUAUGAGCUGUUUGGCUACAGGCCUUGACAAACGCUCGCACAGAACAACAACGACUAUCCAACGGUGACUUUUCACAUUUUUAAAGUCACUUUUUAUAUCAGAGUUAUUUAUUUGGCAUAGCCGAUCAUUUCCUUUUAAAGGGAGCAGCUAAGUUUUUUUUAUUUGGCCAAUUUAUAAUGGCGCACUGAAGUACGAAUGUUUCAUUUUGUUGAAAAAAUUGACAUAAUUUUUUAACCUUCAUGUCAUUCAAUAUCUGUAUCUGACUCGUUCUUCUGCGAAACACAAAAUAUAUUUUGAUAAAGGUCUCAGUGUUCAUACAACCGCAGUCAAUAAGGUGUUCAGUGUUGUUUGGUUAUCAACACUCUUCAAAAUAUCUUCUUUUGUGUUCUGCGGAAGAAACUCAUACAGGUUUUCAAUGAUAUGAGAGUGAAUAAAUAAUGAAUGAAAUUUCAUUUUUGGGUCAACUGUCCCUGUAAACAAUGAAAUAUGACAUUUUAUACACCACAAUAUACUGCAUGUACAGAUUGUGUGAGUCCGCGGUGUUCCAAAUGUCCAAAAAAAGCUUUAAGCCUUUCCAAAAGGGCUAUCAGAAAUAAAUAUUAUGAUUCAGGGUCAGUAUAUAGAACAGUUUAAUAACUGUUUUCUAUGAAAUGGCGAUUGUUACGUUUGUUCACGCUGAAGGGACAUUUCAUUUGCUUCUAGAAGCCUUGAUGUGAUGCUUUAUUUUAAAGCCGGUUCUCAAAGAAGUUCAUUUCUUUACACCAUAGACACAUGAACAAAUACAGCAAUAUUUUUAAAGCACUUCAAACGCUGACAUUUAUACAUUCAACUGUUUAGUAUUUCUCAUUAUUUUGUGUUAUAACUGUUCUCAGGGUGAACGUUGAUGGGAUAAUGAACUUUCCAUUGAAAUUAAACCCGUUUCCUUAUGGAAAUGUCUUGAUGCACUUUGCUUUCUGACCGUAUGAAAAACCUCCUACUUCUACUCUGUAAUUUAUACAUAACUUAUUUCUGUGUUUUUAGCUAAAAUAAAGAACUAAUUCAAUUG